GCUGGAGAUGGCGGCCGCUUGGUUAACUUUGGUGUUGGCACUGAUUUCGGUGGUCAAUGGUCAACGGGCUGCUGGCAGUAAGCAAGCGCAGCUGUGGCUAGAUUGCAGCUGCCUGCACGCCAACGAGCGCAACGCCACACAAUGGGGCAGCGUUAGCAUUAAUGCCAGCCAUGCGCUGGGCGCCAAAAACAACUGCCUGAUGAUCUUCAUUGGCGGCAUGGCCGACGAGCUGGUGGCCUUUCAGCUGCAGCAGCUGCAGCUGCGACCCGGCUGCUUGGACACCGUCGAGGUCUUUCCGUAUCUGAGGGAGCCCGUCAUCGAGAACUCAACGCUGGCGUCGUACACUUGGUGCCAGCACAGUGCGACGGCUCGCAAUGCCACGCCCAUAUACAGUGGCGGAAGGCUGCUGGGACUGAGACUUAGCUUUCAGCAGCCGCCCACAAGGCUGGGCGACUGGACCUUGAAUCUGACGGCGAGCUAUCGAUUCCUUAAGCAAGAGCUCUUCAAGACGAACGGUCGACUGGUGCCGCACAGCUUCUGCGAUUUCUAUUUCUUUGCCAGCACCGGAAUCGAGGGGAAUCUGGGCGAGGGCUACUUCCACUCGCCGCGCUUUCCGGCCAACUAUCCGGCGCACAUCAAGUGCGCGUACAAGUUCAUUGGCCGCCCGGACAGCCGUGUGGAGCUGCUAUUCGAGGAGCUGCAGCUGCCGCCAGUGGUCAGCGGCGGCUGUCAACUGGACGCACUGACCAUCUUCGAUGCGGAGUCGGCGCACAUGGAUGCCGUCAUAGAUGUGCUCUGCGCCCCGUGCCCCACGCGCCGCAUACUGAGCAGCGGACCCGAUCUGCUGCUGGAGUUUAAUGCCAGCUCGAAUCGCACAGCCAAAGGCUUUCGUGGUAAAUACAAGUUUGUGCCCAAUGAGCAGCAGGCGCUGCCUGUGCCGCCAAUCCUGGAGGCAGCCAGCAUAGCGAUAAAGCAGACGCCCGCCAAGACGAACAGUGUUCAAGUGGAGGGCGACGAGAAGGCGGGGAAGGAUGCGCGGCCCGGACAUAGAAAUCAGCAUUGCAAGCUGCUCUACGACUCGCGCGUCAACAAGUCCGGCAUCUUCGAAUCGAAUCAGCUGCUGAGUUCGCUUAUCGGUGUUCCGAUAAAUAAGAACAGCGACUCUGCUAAGGUCGUGCAAUGCCGUUACGAAUUUAAAGCGCAAAAACCAGAAGUGAUUCAAAUUAAGUUUCACGACUUUAACAUACCCACUGAACAUGAGAAUUCCAGCCGCUGCCGGGACGAGGACGCAUUGCAUGUGCUGACAGAAGUGGGGGGUAAAUAUGAGACGCAAGAACUACUCUGUGGCGCAUUCUUGCCCAAGCCGCUGAUGUCGAACAGUCAGCAGCUGCAAUUGCAAUUCGUGGGCAAAUAUCCGCCAAAAAUGACAAACAAAGUGCAGUAUUAUGGAUUUCGAGCAGAAUACCGCUUUCUUACAAACUAUGGCAUUUUAUCAGGCGUGCAGCAAGGAAACGAAUGCACAUUUGUUUACAACAGCCGCGACAGGAUUAGUGGUCUAUUUCAUUCCCCAAACUUUCCUGGCUAUUAUCUGGAGAAUGUUGUUUGCAAUUACUAUUUCUAUGGAGCUGAUGAACGCGUUGUUCUGCGUUUCACGUACUUUGACGUCGAAGGCAUUAGCACAUGUGACCAUCACACGGCUAGCGACUAUGUGGAAUUUUCGAAUUUCAUGAGUACAGAUCGAAAGUUCAGCAAGUAUUGUGGAAAAUUACCCGACUUUGAAGUGCGUUCAGAUGGACGAUUCUUUCGUGUAUCCUUUUAUUCGAAUGACCGAUUUGUGGCCAAUGGUUUUCGCGCACUCUAUACAUUUGAAUCGAUUGAUUUGAAAAUGAAUCCAGAUUUAGGGGACAGUACUGUGUCCAUGCAAAGCUACGUGUCAGGCGGAAUGCAAUUUAUACCGAAGAUUAUAAGCAUACCCUUAACUAUUGUAAUCUCACUCUCGCAAUAUAGAAAUUGA